AUGUAUGGGGAAGACAUUGAGACGGAGAGAUCGAAGUCGUGUGAGUCCGCCAUAGAGACGACCGAAAAAAAAAUGCCUCUCCCGCGAGUGGAACCGGCGUUGCUGCAGUCUCGGGUGUCUGCCGUUAGGAGCCUCAGGCUGCAAAUUGCCACAUCGGGCUAAGAAUGCCUGGUCGCCAUCGACGCAUUCAACGGCCCCGCAGCCACACUAAAAAUGACCCGGACUUGUUCUCCAGCCUUGUCCAUCCUGGAACCUGGGGAUCCUCAAGUGAACUGUCGAUUGAGGGAAUGAAGGGUGAUGGAAACCAUCAAUUCAGGCAAUCAACAUUCGGCAGCCAAAGAAACACCCAGUCGUCAAUAUCCUGUCUGCGAGAAAAUAAAAUGAUAAAGAAAAAAGAAAAAAGUAUUCAGCUUUCGCCUCGUCCAUUACAGAUGGCAGCUGGCGCAUUACACCAAGGGUAGUAGUCUCCAUUUGCCGGUAGGUACAUGGAAACUAAAUGUAAUAGGAAAAAAUCCCAGAAGCAACAAGGAAACAGAAAAGGCUGGAUUUCCAUUCAGUCCUCCGUAUUCCCAUCGCCCAGGCCGAGAUAC